AUGUGGAGAAGAACCAAAACGGAAUGGUUCCGCUUACUUAAAACUAAGAGGGGAUGCCGCCUACUACUGAAAGACCCGUUUUUGCAACAGUUGCGUUCUUCUAUGCAAGACGAAGACUUAGAAAGAACAAAGAAGUUUGGAUCCGAAAAAGUAUGCUUAGGCAGUUCUUUCGCUGAGCACAAGAGAAUAAAGAGGCAUUUUUAUCAUUUCAAAUCGAUAUUCUUAUCGAAGAGAAGGAACGAAAAAACCCUAAAUCUUACUACUAGAAAAAGAAGUCCUAUAGUUUACAACUCUUCUUUCUAUAGUAAUUUGACCUCUUGCUCCACCCAUCAGUCUUCUAUGAAGAGAAAAAGAAAAAGCUCUUCCCUAUCUACUCAUUAUUCGGAGGUGAAUCAUAGAACACUAAAAGCUGUGCUAUCUUAUGGACCUAACAUAGGUCACAUCCCUCACGUGCGCCAAGAGCACAUUCGAUAG